AUGGCGCGCCAAUCCACCGGAAGAGAGCUCUCACACGCCAAGAAGAUGGAGGUGAUCCGUUGCUUGCAUACCCUGUCGACCAAGGGCAAACUUGCCCGCGGGGCAAUCCUCACCACGGCCUCCGAGCACGAAAUCCACCGGACCACCAUAUCGCGCAUCUGGAAGGCCUUUCAACGAAACGAAUUGCUACCAUCGUUGAAAGCUGGCCGUGUAGGCCACUCGCCGGUAUACACGGCACACCUCGUCGCCAGCACCGUCCGCGAACUACCCCAGUCACUCCGCUCGACGAUGCGCGACAUUUCCGAGGCCACUGGAAUUCCUCUUGGAUCCUUGCACCGAGCGCUCAAGAAUUUUGCCGAAACCCCGACAUUCGAUGGCAUGUGGGAUGUCGUUCACCUUGACGAAAAGUGGUUCAACGCUGACAAGAACGUCCGCAAGGUGUGUCUGGCGGAAGGUGAAGAGCCUGAGCAGCGCGCAUGGUCAAGCAAGCGCUUCAUCCCAAAAGUGAUGUUCCUCGCGGCCGUGGCACGCCCUAGACAUGACUUGGAGCGUGGUGUCGACUUUGAUGGGAAGAUUGGCAUCUGGCCGUUCGUGCAGUACCAACAUGCUCAGCGGAGCUCGCGCAACCGUCGAGCGGGAACUCUUGUGGCAACGUGGGUGAACGUUGAUGCACCCAUGUACCGGGACUACGUGCUCACGCGAGUCAUUCCAGCUAUCAAGGCAACGUUCGCUACCAUCAACAAGCGCGUAGUUCUCCAGCACGACAAUGCAACGCCACAUGGAGGCAUAACCGACGCUGACCUUGUGCCGGUCUCCACGGAUGGGUGCGCGUUUGUCGUUCGCUGCCAGCCACCAAACAGCCCAGAUCUCAAUGUGUUGGAUCUGGGCUUCUUUGCGUCAAUCCAAGCUUUGCAGUACAAAUUGAGUUGCGGAGAGGCUCUGGACAAAGUGUUUCUUACCUUGCAAGCGGUGAUGCGCCUUGUUUUGGAGAACAAUGGUGGCAACCACUUCCGCCUGCCGCACUUGCGCAAGGAUGCGCUGCGUCGUGCCAAAGCGCUCAUGCCGAAUGUCUCGUGCCUUGCAUCUCUUUUGGGUUAA